AGACACCUGAACGAUCACAAAACCGACGUCAUCAAAUUCAGAAUCUCCAGACGUAACAGAGAGAAGCGUUGUUACCUCGACGUUCUAGAAUCAACCUGCAUGACUACACACUCGCCAUAUAUAGUAUUGUAGUUCGGACUCCACUUCUAACCCUGGGCUGCCUGGCGCAGUGUAAGCACUACCCGUGACAAGUGUGCGCUCCUGCCGCUCCACUCUCCUCUCUCCUCUUCUCUCUGCACUCUGGGUAAAGACUCUGCACAGAUUCCAAUGGUAAAAUGGCUGAGAAAGCGAAGCUCGACGGCAGGGUUAGAAUAGGACACUACGUCCUCGGAGACACCCUGGGAGUUGGCACCUUCGGAAAAGUAAAGAGUUAAGUGCGCUUUUCGUUUAUUACGCUGUAUUUGCAUGUCAUAGGGUAAUACCGCGUGUAUUAACGAGGAUUAUAAUACUAAAAUGUGGCGGUUGCAGACUACGCCGUUUGCGUAGCGUAGCCUUGAGAGAAGCUUGAUUGUCUUAAAUUAAGCGGCUAGGUUAAAUGGUGUUGGAGAAUUGGGAUUGAUGUGACAUUGCGUACAUUUUUUCCUCGCUAGUCUGCACACACAGCUCAGGUGCGACUCGGCUGCAACUCCUGUACAUAUAUCAAUGUGACCCGUUUGAUGUGGCGACGCAGUGUGCGCAGAGAGGUGACAGACGAAAACCUUGACAUUCUGGUUAGGCCUAAAGCUUUUAAAUAACACAGUUUUUGUUUUCAAUUACAUAUAUCAACAGAACCGGUGGAAAGCUGCCUCGCAUUGACUGGUUUUGUACCAGUAAGAGGAGCGUUUAUUACCAGCACUACCAGUAUUAGGAACAGUAUAGGAUUUGCAGCACUAUUUCUUAAAUAAUACAUGCAGCAAAACCUUUGACCUUGAACAAUAACAGAAGAACACACAUCGGUGUAUAAAUCAGUCUGAUUAAACUGCAGUUAAUUAAAUUGUGCAUGCUCAGAGUGCGUGGUUUAUAUAGCUGUGCUAUUUGGCAAUUGAAUUGCAAUAUUUAAUUCCAAAUAAAUAACAAUAAUACAUUAAUCUUCUCUAUACGUUUCACUGACUUCAACACAUUUUAAAAACUAAUAUUUUGCAGGGGCUGUGCCCCCCCAAAACCACCACCUAAAGAUAACUAAUUAUACCCCCUCGUUGUUAUCUCCGGGCCACCUUAAGGCAUGCCGAUGACGGACCUAAACAUUAGGGUGACACUAAAAUGAAAACACAGGUUGUAAAAAAAUAAAAAAUAAAAUAAAAAAAUGAAAUCCUGGUUUAAGCUACAGAUACUUCCCAUUUCGCAGUGUCCCUAAUACGGCUGUGCUUCACCAGAUCAAGAGAUCUGUAUGUGUAUGUUGUACUUGCGUGAAUGGUAAAUAUUUUGCCACACAUACUGCAAUAUGCAUGACCUUGACAGUGAGGGAAAAGGCCGUGACAGGUGCAUGCUGAUCACCUCAUGAGACUGUGCUUACCAGCCCAAAGCUGCAGCAUUAUUCUUUACCAGAGAGUGCAGUUAAAUGUACUUAGUCGCUGCAGGGUCCCAAGUCAACAAGUAAAGUCUCAGCUGUGGUUCUUGAACUCAGUACUGUGCUUUUUGUUUUUUUUGUGCAGUAAGUCGGUGUUAAGGUGCUUUCACCUGCGUUCGAGCGCCUCUUCUUCUCUAGCUGCCUGCCAUAUGAUUCAGCAGAGCUUAUCUUAGAUAGCCGCUAUAGAGCUUUUAUAUCAUGAAGCUUGUGUUAUGUUAUGUUAAGGAAAGAAUUCUUGGCAGCAGCUCCUAUUUCUGCCUGCUAUUAUUAGCACUAUAUAGAAGUGCCCUUGUGGUUUGCUAAUGUGCUUCUCCUAUUGCAUUUGAAAUGUCUGCCUUCCCCCACAGUACGGCUGAAGCUCUGCUUUGCUGUGUGUACACCUUGUCUCGUGGAGCAGCUACAACAGAGUGAAUGGGUCAUAUAGAUAGGUCUGCUCUAAUGUAGGUGCUGUGAUUACAGUUCAAAACCUACAGGCAAAGUUGAAACCCAGUGCCCUCUUACAGCUAGGAAAGGCAAGGCUGAAAAUAGCACAGCCUGAGGAAUACCGGGAUUAAUGUGGGGGAAAGUACCGUGGUAGCUGCGUAAUGUAACUCUGCAUUGCUAAAAAAAGCAAGCGCUCUCCCCAUUUACUAAGCAAUACAAAUGGUAAUAACAAACAACGAAGGAAAGGAAAAGUACUGAAGGACCCCCCCCCCCCCCAACACUCAUUAGCAUCACAAAAGGCUGCAAGCAGUAGCCUGCAGCUCUGCAAAUCUCUGCUGCACCCCUUCUUAUCCCAACUCCAUUCUUUACCACACGGAGCACAUUCCUUCACUUGCCUGGCACACUCUUAUGGGUACGACCUUUCCAAAAUGAUAACGUUGCCAUGUUAUUACGUCUGUUUGUAAAGCUGCAUUUAUUUGCUUAAGCUUCUUUGUGAUUGAUGUGGAUGGAUUUGGAUUAAGCAGUUUUUCUCCAGAACAUUUCUUUUUUUUUGUAAUGGUUUUAGUGAGUCUUACUCAUGCAGUUGAGUACAGUAUAUGGCCUUUACAAAUUACUUUGACUGUUGUUUACAAAAAGAUAAUAACCGCCAACUAAUCACCACCCUUUUUCAAUGAAACCAAUGAUAUCCACAAGAGGUCUAUUGUCUCGUCCAAAUGGCCUGGACGACGGGCCUUCAAAUCAAGUGUAUUUGAGCCCAACGUUUCAACUUUGACCGAACUUCAUAAACAUGAAACAAAUACCGUUUGUUACAGAGUGUCAUGGGGGUUUGUCCUGAACCAUGGAAGUUAUUAUGAUGAUAUUAUGGAAUGUAAUCGUUGUACAACUUUUCUUUGCUUGAUUAGUCGGAGAACACCAGCUGACUGGUCACAAGGUUGCAGUGAAGAUCCUGAAUCGGCAGAAGAUCCGAAGCCUGGAUGUGGUGGGGAAGAUCAAACGAGAGAUUCAGAACCUCAAGCUCUUUCGCCAUCCUCACAUCAUUAAACUGUCAUCAGCACACCCACCGACUUCUUCAUGGUUAUGGAAUAUGUGUCUGGAGGGGAGCUAUUCGAUUACAUCUGUAAACAUGGACGGGUGGAAGAUACAGAAGCACGGCGCCUUUUCCAGCAGAUAAUCUCAGCCGUGGAUUACUGCCACAGACACAUGGUGGUCCACCGUGACCUGAAACCAGAGAAUGUCCUUCUUGAUGCCAACAAGAACACCAAGGUAGCCGACUUUGGUCUCUCAAACAUGAUGUCAGAUGGGGAGUUCCUUCGAACCAGCUGUGGCUCCCCCAACUACGCAGCUCCAGAGGUGAUCUCAGGCAGGUUAUACGCCGGCCCUGAGGUUGAUAUCUGGAGCUGCGGGGUCAUCCUGUACGCUCUCCUGUGCGGCACGCUGCCAUUCGAUGAUGAUCACGUCCCCACGCUCUUCAAGAAGAUCCGAGGAGGAGUCUUCUAUAUCCCCGAGUACCUGAACCGCUCAGUAGCAAGCCUCCUAAUGCUGAUGCUGCAGGUGGACCCACUCAAGAGAGCAACCAUCAAAGAUAUCAGGGAGGACGAGUGGUUCAAGCAGGACCUGCCCAGUUACCUGUUCCCCGAGGAUGCGGCCUACAACACCGACGUGCUAGACGAGGAGGCGGUGCGGGAGGUGUGCGAGAAAUUUGAGUGCACCGAGUCAGAGGUGAGCAACAGCCUGUACAGCGGGGACCCCCAGGACCAGCUGUCCGUGGCGUACCACCUCAUCAUCGACAACCGGCGCAUCAUGAACCAGGCCAGCGAGUUUUACCUGGCCUCCAGCCCCCCCACCGGCUCCUUUAUGGACGACAGCAUGCAGCUACCCCCCGGCAUCAAACCCCACCCAGAGCGCAUGCCCCCGCUCCUCGCGGACAGCCCCAAGGCACGCUGCCCCCUCGACGCCCUCAACACCACCAAGCCCAAACCCCUGACGGUCAAGAAGGCCAAGUGGCACCUGGGCAUCCGUAGCCAGAGCAAGCCCUACGACAUCAUGGCAGAGGUGUACCGGGCCCUGAAGCAGCUGGAGUACGACUGGAAGGUGGUGAAUCCGUAUCACCUGCGAGUGCGACGGAACAAUCCUGUGACCGGGAACUUUGUGAAAAUGAGCCUGCAGCUGUACCAGGUCGACAACCGCAGCUAUCUCCUGGACUUCAAGAGCAUCGACGAUGACGUCAUCGAGCAGAAGUCGGGCUCGUCGACCCCCAAGCGCUCCGGGUCCUUGGCUGGUCUCCACAGACCCCGGCUGAGCCUUGACGCAGCGGCCAGCGACGGCCUGUCCCUCGGAGGCUCUCUCACGGGCUCUCUCACAGGCAGCACCCCCUCCAUCACACCGCGCCAGGGCAGCCACACCAUGGACUUCUUCGAGAUGUGUGCCAGUAUCAUCACCAUGCUGGCUCGCUAGCUGGGAUCCAGGAACGGCGAUGGUGGCCGUAUCCGCGUUAUAGAAACAGGAAUUUUUAUUUGAUUUGAUUUUUAGCGAGUACUGUGAGUAUGUGAGAUGUGACCCGUUUGUGUUUGACAAUUCAAUGCCCACGCAUUGUUUUAUACUUGAUUUUUUAUUUAAUUCCAUUUUAAAAAAACAAUUAAAUUACGAACACUGAAUAAAGUGUUCAGUCACAGCUUAUAUAUCCUAAUUUUAAAAUACUUUGAUCACUUAUUUAACAACACAUUAUUGUAGGCAUUUGAAAAGGCAAACCAAAAAUACAUGAACAAAAACAAAUAAUGUAUAUUAUUAUUAACAAGGGGGCACAAUGCCCUCAGUUUCAUCACAAAUGGGCAAUGCUGGCAUGCCUGGAUGUUGAGCUUGAUUUCCUCUGCCCAUUAUUUGAGACACCUCAGCUAGGAUUUAAUACUGUAGUCCAAUUUGUAAUACUAUUUAUGAUGUUUUAGAUUGCAGUCUAUUGCUCUAUGUACCAUUAUUAUUAUUAUUAUUAUUAUUAUUAUUAUUAUUAUUAUUAUUAUUAUUAUUAUUAUUAUUAUCAUCUAUUUUUUUAUGUGUGUUGGUAAUUAGUUGAGGUUUAUAUUCCAUUUCAAUGGGUCACUAUUUCAAUAGGUAGUGGCCACAUGGUCUAUGGAUUGGUAUUUGAAGAAUCUCAGUUGAAUGGUUGGACUGACUGAGAUGCAGUAUCACUUUUCAAAACUCAAUAAUCUGAUCAAAUCCACUUUACAAACGCCCCCUGUUCCUUUGGAGAAUGGAGGUUUCACUCCAUAAACAGGAAAAAAGGGUAUUUUCUUUAUUUAUUCAUUUAUAAUGAAAUUCGCCCUGGCUUGCCAGACAUAUGUCAAAUACAAGCCAAUAAUUUUAAAGACAGCGCGGUACUUUCAAUGUUAGCAGUGCCCCCAAGAGGAUAUUGUAAGCUUUGCCUUCCUAUGAAGUGCCUGUGCCUAUUUUAUUACCAUUUUUAUUUGCUUGGAGUCUGAACCAUAUAAAUUGAUAGCUGAUGUAUGGUAGCCUGACACACUGUACUGGGAUAGAUCAGGAGACGUGUGUUUCCAUCUUCGGCAGUUGAGUGCUGACACUAGUGUUCCAGUGUCCACACUGUCGCAGUAAUACCACUCUGCCCUCUGCUUGUUAUAGUAGACUUGUGGAGGCUUACCUGAGCAAUCAGUUCUUUGCAAAGUCAAUCAAACACGCAUUCAAUCAAAUGGUUUGCUGCACAAUCCAUCUGCAUGCAGCAUCUUCAUUAAUGUUAUUUAUCUACUGUAUAUAAAUUAAACAGGUUCUGGUUGUGAUAAAUAAUGAGCAUUCAACUUCUUCAGAUGGAAAUGAAGUUCUGAAUGAUACACUGCUGGGGUUGCAUUGCAUUUGAAGUGUCUGUUCAGACGCAGGAAGCAAAUGCAUGGCAAUUGAUGACCCUCUUGAGUUCUAGACCCUAGAAUCCUGUGCUGAAGCAAUCACUACUACUGUAGCUGCUACAAUCUAUUGGCUCCAGAGGCUGUCCUGGGUUUGAAUUGAAAACAGCUGUCACCUGAUUAUAUGCAAACCAAACCACUUUGUUCUAUUGUCAGGGGGGUAUUCACUUAAAUAACUAACAUGCACAUUCCAGUUAGUGUGUUAAGAGUGCCACGGUAUCUGCAGUGCUUACAGUAUUGCGGUGGUAACAGUGCAUAACAGCAGACUUUACUGUGUUCUUUCUCAAUCAUCAUGCAUUACUGGUACUGCACUCCCGGAUAGACAUUUCUCAGAUCUUGUUUUUUUAUAGGCAACAAAAUCCCAGACAGAUUUGGUGUUCUGUUUUCGCUUGUGCAUUGCUUAUAUUACAAUAGCAAACAGAACCUUUCUCUGGAACCUUGUAAGGGAAUCAUCUCAAGACACUUCACAAAGUCAAAAUAUCAGUGAUGAUAACCCUGGCAAACACAGUAAGCUUGGGUUGGGAUCUGCCCCAGGAAAGUUAAAGGCAUCCUCUGCUUCAAGUGUACAGGAAUACAAAACCAAGGACAGCCUCUGAAGUUGCCUUAAAAGUACAUUUAUUUUUUUCUCAUUGUUACAAACAUUCAUUUUAGUACUGUACCUAUUUAUUUAUGUGCAUUGAUUGUUGUUCAGUACUGUAGAAUAUCUGAUUUAACCUCACCGAUCAAACUAACUGUGCCGGGGUGGAGAGAAGUAAGCAGUGCAGCUCAGCAUGCAAUAGAAUCACAGCUGCACAUUGCAGGAGGGGAGCAACUACGGCUGUAAAGGUUUUAACGAAAAUAUAAACGGUUGUUUUUUCACUAAACCUUUAACCAAAAAUGUGUUGUUUUAUGAGGACUCUUCCACUGAUUUAAAAACUUUUCUUGAUUACCAUAGGUAAGGUAGUCAGUGACUAGAGCUAAUCGGGGGUCUGUUAAAACAGAUGCCCAAAAAAAAAUUAAAUAGACUUGCCAGGGUGAUGGGAAGCAUUGGUGCCCCCCUGUGGGGACUCCUGGCAUUGAUCCAACAGCUUGCUGAACAUCUGUGCUUCCUGUUUAAUCUCCCUGUAGCAUUCGCACUGUAUGCAAGACAGCAUGCCCACUGAUGGCUACUGUGGAUUUGCACCAUGUUGUAUAUGUUGUUUUUGUAUGUCAUGAAAAAAAGUUUAAAGCUAUUGCAAUGUCUUUGUAAUCAAUGAAAAACAAACAAACAAACAAAAAAAAACCACUGGCACUUGAACCAAUGUAUUUUAGUUUCAUGUACUGUGCCUUUUAUUCAUUGUAUUAUGACAUGUAUUAUCAUUACAGUCAAGCCAGUUUGUGUAUUCAUCUAAUGGUACUGUGCAUGUGUACAUGGUUCUUUUUUUCUCAAAUCUUUCUUAUAGUUUGGGCAUUGUAAACUACUACAGUGCAAAUGACCUGGCAGACCGGCCGACAGGAAUGCCCCAGCAAUGGAGUCUGAUAGCUCUUUGCUGUUGUGCAACAUUGGGAAGCACAACAGUUAAUUUAUAUGGAAAAUGACAUAAACCUCAGUGGCAUCAACCAAAUGUUUUUUUUCAUAUUAUUUAUAUAGCCAUAAAGUUGCAUUGCUGUUUGCUGAAUAUAAACUAUUUAGAGACACAGUUCUAUCUCUUUCAUGAUGUAACAAUUGAUUACAACACUGUUACAAAGCCUGCAUUUAUAAUAACAUGUUACUUUCUGUGUUGUUGGUGCCAAAUUUUUUUUUUUUUUUUUACACUUAAAACCCCAGUUAAACAUACAUAUUUUUUAUUUAUGUAUUUUUUUUCAAAUUAUAUUUUUUGGCAAUGUGUCAAACUGUGAAGUUUUUAACAUUAUGAUUAUUAUUGGUUAAAGCUCUAGUUGGUAUGCAUGAUAAUCAUCUGGCUCCUGCAGUGUAACAGAUAAGACUCCCACCGCAGUGCACUUCAGGCCAUUCCCAGCUUCACAAUGAGCUUAAUUAGUUACAGCGCAGUUUGUGGCCUCUGUGAUGUCUAGUUAAGCCCGGUUGUGACUAGCCAAGCUCAUAUGAAAGCCACAAAUGUCUCGGACUGAUCCAGAUAAGAGCCUUUUCUGUACCACUGCACUGCUGCCUCCCUGGAGUCCAGGUUCUAGGUGGUUUUUUUUCUUCGUGUGAUGUUGCUCUUAUGAUUAUUUGCACUUUAAUAAAUAUUUAUUAUAAAAAUGAA